AUGUCUUCGCCGUCGAGCUCAUCCCAGGGCGGGAAGCGCAAGAGAAACUCCCUUCGCGCGGAGUCGACCGCUGACUUUGGUGAUAAUGGCAUCCAGACAUCCUCUCGUGAUGCCUCUGGUGAGGAAGGAGACACAACAGCCGCUGAGUCGGGACGACUUCACAGCCGAGGAUCAGCUGUUGGAGCCCCAAUUCCUAAGAGACAGCGCUCCAGUUCGGAUCGUGUCCUCGAGACAGCCGCUGACCAUGCUCUGGAUCCUGGCGAGCCAAGCGACACGACAGAAGCCAGCAUCGACAUUGCUGAGCGAGUCGGUCGCAAGGGUCGCAAGCCUUCCCUGAGGGAGCUUGACGAAGAGGAGCAGCGAAGAAUUGAGGCAAUGCCCCCUCCUCCCAUUGGCAAGCUCCAAGAUCCUGCUGGUGGCUACAAGACGAACCCACCUCCUGUUGGCCGACCUGUCCGUGUAUACGCAGAUGGAGUGUUCGAUCUCUUCCAUCUUGGCCACAUGCGACAACUCGAGCAGGCCAAGAAGGCCUUUCCUGACACAACGCUCGUCGUCGGAGUCACAGGCGACCACGAAACACACAAGCGCAAAGGUUUGACUGUGAUGUCUGCCGCUGAGCGUGCCGAAACUCUCCGCCACUGCAAAUGGGUCGAUGAGGUAAUCGAGGAUUGCCCCUGGAUUGUUACCCCCGAAUUUCUCGACGAGAACAAGCUCGACUAUGUCGCUCACGACGAUCUCCCUUACGGCGCGGACGAGGGCGACGACAUCUACCAGCCCAUCAAGGCUGCUGGCAAGUUCCUUGUCACACAGCGAACAGAAGGUGUCAGCACAACUGGCCUCAUCACAAGAAUCGUUCGCGACUACGAGAAGUACAUCGCCCGACAAUUCAAGCGCGGUACUUCCCGCCAGGAGCUCAAUGUGAGCUGGCUCAAGAAGAACGAGCUGGAUCUCAAGCGACAUGUUCAGGACCUGCGGGAAAACAUCACAAACAACUGGACCACUACUGGUCAAGAACUCGGUCGUGAGCUCAAGCAGUUCUGGCCUACUAGCCGUCCUCAGAGCCCCGCCCGAUUUAACAGUGCAGGCAGCUCAGAGGCACUACGUUCGCCAGGUGCUUCUGGUACACCCAAAGAGUUCAUCACUGGUUACGCUCUCGGUCUUGUUGGUGGUGUCCGAGGAUGGAUGACCAAGAGCCGAGGCAAUGUCACCGACAGUAGCCGACCCCCAAGCGACGAUGAGUCUGAAGAGAGUGAUUCACACGCAAAAUCACCGAAGGACUCAUCAAAUACUCCAACCGCAGCAGCUGCUGCAGCCGCUCCUUCGAAGCUAUAA